CAGACGUAAACAAAGCCGGGAUACGCAGCGCUGAGUUAACUCUGCCGCCUGCUUCCUUCCUUCAAAGUUGCAGUGUCUAUAUUUCCUUUACAACGUCGAAACGAUAGUAAUGACUGACGCUGCUUCAGGCUCCGUGGACAGGUCUGUUCAGGUCAAGCUGGUUCUUCUCGGUGAGGCUGCUGUUGGCAAAUCUUCAGUAGUCCUCCGUUUUGUCUCCAACGAAUUCCAAGCAAACAAGGAACCCACUAUCGGCGCAGCAUUCUUGACUCAGAAAUGCCGCCUCGAAGACCGCGUCCUGCGUUAUGAGAUUUGGGAUACUGCUGGCCAGGAACGUUUCCAUUCUCUCGCUCCAAUGUAUUACCGUAAUGCUCAAGCUGCAGUGGUCGUUUACGACGUGACGAAAGCAACGAGUUUAGAGAAGGCGAAGUCAUGGGUGAAGGAGCUUCAAAGACAGGCGAACCCCAACAUCGUUAUCGCACUGGCUGGUAACAAAGUGGAUCUCGUACAAACUUCUCCUUCGUCAUCUGGGUCCACUCCGUCAUCAGAGUCUGAAGAUGAAGCGGAUGAUGCUACAGCUACGCCUGGGGAGAGUCCUAGCCCUAGUGGUGGCGAGCCACAGAGUUUGCGACAGGUGCCACGCGAGGAGGCUCAGGCUUACGCUACUGAGGCCGGCUUGCUGUUUUUUGAAACCAGUGCCAAGACUGGCGAGGGUAUUGUCGAGAUAUUUACAGAAAUAGCGAAGAAAAUACCUAUCGAACACAUUCUGGCAUCCACACGCGGCGCAGGUCGAUCUGGCGGUGUAGGCGGACGAGCGGGAGGGCCCAGAGAGGAGGUGAAUCUCGAGGAGCAACAGUCCAAGAAAGACGGUUGCAACUGUUAAGUGUGCCACUAUGGACUAUUCGGACUGCACACUUCAACCUCGCUACCCUCGCUUCUAUUAGCACACCUCUUAUUCCCCCCAUACGUCCUGUCUUUAUCAUUUACCGUUGCCUUGGUCGUUCAUAUGUAAUUUGCUUUUAUAAUUCAUCUGCAACACAAACAU